UUAACUUAUUGUGUUUACAGCAACUCGGCAAAAGUCUAAAUAAAUUAUUCAAGAGAUCCCGCAAUUAGAACAUUUCCUAACAUCUAAAAUGACCCGUUGCCUUUGUCAAAGUAUCCCUCCCGACCCGAAGCCUCCGGAAACUCAAAAGUAGGUAAUAUUGGGAUCGGUUCCCUGCGGCCCUUCCUCCACUAAUAUUAUUUAUAUGUCCAUAUUUAUUUAGAAGUUGUAGCGUCCUCGGGGUCCCAUACUUACUGUUUUGCUAUAAAAGGACCUGACAAUAUCGGAGUAUUUACCACAAACUUCACACCUUUCUAUUGGAAUAAUAUAUGGAUUUUCUAAUAAAUGAAAGCAGAUAAACGCAAGUAUGAAGGGUUCCUGCUUGACAAGAUUAUAUUCAUAUUUUAUAAAACUUUCAACGCCUUAAUUAUAGUAACAUACCCGUUAUUUAUCGUAGAUCGUAGGUAUGUAUACGUUGCGUUCGAAUUUCAUUAGGCGCAAGGCACACAUACAUGAUAUUUUAGACUGAGAAUAAAGUAACGAUUUCACAUACAUACGUACAUAUAGAUUUAUCAGAGGAACGCAAAAUCUACAAAUAACUACUUACUGUACAUAAUAUCACUGCUACAUAUCUUUAAACUACGCUAGUAAAUGUCAGUUUCUUUAGCAUAGGCUGGUAAUUCAUUUCAUUUAAUAUAUGUUUCACGAAUUCUGACGGCGACAAUCACGUACCUAAAACGAUCCCUAAAUAAUAUCAUAUAUCAAUAACUAACAAAAUAAUAUACGUUUAAGUAUAUUCCUUCGUUGGUUACCUUAGUAUAUCAUAAUUUUUUUUGCGUCGUCUAUGCAAUGUAUCUAAUCGAUAUUCCAUUAAUGGAGCCACAACUCAAUCUUAUCAGCGAUAAUAGUUAUGUGACAUACCAAAUUAACCUAGAAAAUGAACAAAUGAAGUGGUCAUUAUCGUGUUCUGGAAUUUCUACAAUGGAAUAUGUUAAAUGUCUGGCAAUUUUGUUUAUGCUUGGUGUAGUGAGUUGCGACCUAUGUGGUGAAAAGAACAUAGAAAAGUUGAUUACAAGUGAUAGUGGACGGUGCGAAGCACAAUUCACCGGUUCUUUUAGUGUGACCGCUGUGAGCGUAGAUAAUGAGUAUGGUGUUGUAACUGUAUUAACUCCUGAUGCAAAUCCAAGCUGUAUAGCCUCAGAAACACUAUCAUUGGCUAGUGGUGGACUUUUGAAAAUCAAAGUUUACUCAAAAUCAAUUGCUGUAGAUGACUACUUGACAGUAUUAGUGUAUGAGGGAGAAGAAAACUAUGUUGUUGGCCGAGCAACCCUCCUCGAACCUGACAACAGAGUUGGUGAUGGAUGGACCGUUUUAGAAGUUAUGUUAGAAGGAAAACCACAUUACGAUGGUUAUAUCAUGCUCGUUGGGAAAGCUUCUUCAAACUCGGAAAUCCUGGUCGAAUCAAUCUGCUAUUUUCCUGCAGAACAACAGAAACUACUUUCCGAAGACUCGGAACUUACACCUCAUAAUGAAGCUUUACAGACCGAUUCAAUUUUAAGUCAUAAAGUUCACAUUGAGUCAGCCACUGAGCUAUCAUUUCGAUUUUUUAACACGGAAGAUUUCUGGUCACCCCUUACUAUUUCCCUAGCAGUAAUAAUCCCUAUAAUAUUAUUAGCUUUUCUAGGUUGGGGCUGCUUUGCGUUAGGGAAACGGCAGGGAGCUAAACAAGAGCCUCAAGUAUAUGACGAUAUUGAUAAUCUUCCAAAGCCGUAUCUUGUUCCAAGAGUCAAGAGUAUGUAUGCAGAAUCCGUUGAAAGUUCUUACGUUGCUAGAAAUAAUAACAUAUACUCUGUUUGAUGAACUUGUGGGAAAUGCAAAUACCGCAACGUCCGUAAAAAAAUAUUUUUUUGGGUAUGUACAAGUACCAGUAUACACUGUGUUUUCUUAAACGUCCGUUAUAUUCAAGGGUGCAUUCCUAAGUGAUUCCUAAGCUUAACAUUAAGGUAAUUUCUCAAAGACACCGGUAUUCUAAUUAAUUCCAUUUUGAAGAUAAUCAAUCAUUUUUUUCAUCUAAUAAGGCCCUUACGAGCGUGAACACUUG